GGGCGGGGGGUUGGGUCAGGAAAGGAAGCCGAGAGCGCGGGGGAAGCCCCGGGAGCAGCCAAGCCGGCCCGACCCGCCCCCCCCGCCGACGCCAUCCGCCGCCAUCCCUCCCCCCCGCUGCCCCCCAGCCUGGCGCGGGGAUCGCUCCGGAGAGCUCAGGGCUCGCUCCCCACCCCCCGGCCGCCAUUGGGAGCCCAACAUGGCAGGAGCCGGAGGUGGCGGGAAUGACAUUCAGUGGUGUUUUUCUCAGGUGAAAGGGGCUGUGGAUGACGAUGUAGCUGAAGCAGAUAUAAUUUCUACGGUAGAGUUCAAUCAUUCUGGAGAAUUGCUGGCGACCGGAGAUAAAGGUGGUAGAGUUGUCAUCUUCCAACAAGAGCAGGAGAACAAAACACAAUCUCACAGCCGAGGAGAAUAUAAUGUUUACAGUACCUUUCAAAGCCAUGAACCAGAGUUUGACUACUUGAAAAGUUUAGAAAUUGAAGAGAAGAUCAACAAAAUUAGGUGGUUACCCCAGAAAAAUGCUGCUCAGUUCUUAUUGUCUACAAACGACAAAACAAUAAAACUAUGGAAAAUCAGUGAAAGAGACAAAAGACCCGAAGGCUAUAACUUGAAGGAAGAAGAUGGGCGGUAUAGAGACCCCACUACGGUCACAACAUUACGGGUGCCCAUAUUCCGGCCCAUGGAUCUCAUGGUGGAAGCCAGUCCGCGAAGAAUAUUUGCCAACGCUCACACGUAUCACAUCAAUUCGAUCUCCAUCAAUAGCGAUUAUGAAACGUACCUGUCUGCAGACGACUUGCGGAUUAACUUGUGGCACCUAGAAAUUACGGACAGAAGUUUUAAUAUUGUAGACAUUAAACCCGCCAACAUGGAAGAACUGACGGAGGUGAUCACGGCAGCAGAAUUCCAUCCAAAUAGCUGUAAUACAUUUGUGUACAGCAGUAGUAAAGGAACCAUCCGUUUGUGCGAUAUGCGGGCGUCGGCGCUCUGCGAUAGGCAUUCGAAAUUAUUUGAAGAGCCAGAAGACCCUAGCAACCGAUCUUUUUUCUCCGAAAUCAUCUCCUCCAUAUCGGAUGUGAAAUUCAGUCAUAGUGGCCGAUAUAUGAUGACGAGAGAUUAUCUGUCUGUGAAAAUCUGGGAUUUAAAUAUGGAAAACAGACCUGUGGAAACAUACCAGGUACAUGAAUACCUCAGAAGUAAACUUUGUUCACUGUAUGAAAAUGACUGCAUUUUUGACAAAUUUGAGUGCUGUUGGAAUGGCUCAGACAGCGUUGUCAUGACUGGCUCCUACAACAACUUCUUCCGAAUGUUCGACAGGAACUCCAAGCGGGAUAUCACCUUGGAAGCAUCCCGGGAAAACAAUAAGCCCCGCACGGUGCUGAAACCCCGCAAAGUCUGCGCAAGCGGCAAGCGGAAGAAGGACGAGAUCAGCGUCGACAGCCUAGAUUUCAACAAGAAGAUUCUCCACACAGCCUGGCAUCCCAAGGAAAACAUCAUUGCUGUAGCCACUACAAACAACUUGUAUAUAUUUCAAGACAAAGUGAAUUAGGGGUAGAAUUUCUGGCAGAGGAGUCCACUUCCUGCAUAGUUCUGAUAGAUGAAUCUAGCAUUUGUACCCGUAAACAAUAGAGGGGAGAAAACGGAGAGCAGGGAGAAAGAGAAGAGUCCAUUGCGGGGCACCCUUUUUCCAGUGUUUAAAAAAAAAAAAAAGUGCCAUAUUGACAACCCAUUUUUAUAGAUAGCUACAUGGGUGGUCUCUCUGUGCCGGGGAGGCCUCCAUGUCUGCUGGCCAUUGAGGUGAGGGUAGGCACUUUUCCGUGUAAUGACUCUGCACCAUCUUGCCUAAUGGACUAGAGGUUGGACUGUAUCAGCGUUUGGUUCCUCCCAUUGCCUUCCAUUGUGAUGAUGUCUGCUAUGGGCGGGCGGGGGGGGGGAGCCUUCAAGUCAUGCUGUGGGAUUUAAUUGUGUAACCUCAUUACUGUAUUAUUUGUGGCCCUUUUUUAUUAUUAAACAACAGCUCAUUCUUGCUGUGGCUUGUAGCAUUCCCCCUAUGCCUCUUGGACUCCUCCCCGCCCCCCUUUUAAAACCUCUCCUCCCCUGGCCCCGGUGGUGGUGUAUAGAGAGAAGAAACCCGAAAAGCACAUGAGAUGGGUCAGUGGUAAAUGAGUUCUGUGUUGGCAAAGAACAAAAUGAUUUAAUAAACCAUUGACUGUAAUCACUCCUUGCCAUGUCUGGCAUUUAAAAAGGGGGGGGGGAUGAAGCGGGGAGGGGGGAAAUCUACUGAAAUAAAAGUGACAAAGAAUGGCAAAUCUGUUUUUUUUUUUUAAUCUACCUCUUUAUGUACAUUUUUUAAAAAAAAAAAAAUAGAUGCAUGAUAAUAAAAUGUUUUGGUAAUGAUUUUAACCAGUAUUAUUUUUUUAUGAGGAGAGGGAGGAUUUUUUUUAUCAUUCCUAUAUGAAAAAAUUAGAAAAUCAUUUCAGUAUUUUAUCAGAAGCUUUCAUUCAAAACUCCUAAAGGGGCUCUUGGAUUCUUCUGUAAUAUUGAACAGUAAUUCAUUCAUGCCGUGUCCAUAAACCUUCCUUCCUCCCCUCUUCCUGCUCUUAUAACAGAACUUUGUGUCAGAAUUGGGGGACACAGGGGGGCUGUUAAUUUGUAGACUACCACUAAGGUUUUAUGGGACUAACUUUUUUUUCUGUGUUGAUCCCUCUGUUCUAAUUUCAUUUAAUGCCUUGUUUUGGACCCAGGCUCACACAACAGUGCUUCUUUUUUCUUGCUUUUUUUUUUUUUUAAAGAAAAGGUGUCAUUAAAAUUUCUUGAUGUUUAAAUAGUACGUUGCACAAAAUUUAAUAUAAAAUGAUUUAAACUGAUAAAUUACACUGCAUUCUUGAGUACCCCUAUAUUUUAUGUAUUUUUGUUGCUACCGGUAACUUGAAUGGAAAUGUAGUUUUACCUUUUGAGUGUUCCUUUCAUUUUGGCUUUUCAACUCUUGCCAUUAAAGAUAAACAUGAAAAGUCA